UUUUUUUUUUUUUGCAACUCACAAUUUCCCUUUGCAAUUUACUACAAUGAAGCUGUUUUUCGGCGGGUCGAAGCCCAAGGCAACACCCAAAGACGCAAUCAUAACACUGCGGGAGAACCUCUCAAUGCUCGAGAAGCGUGAGAGCCACUUGCAGGCCAAAAUAGACAAUGAGGUGAAGGUAGCGCGGGCCAACGCGACCAAGAACAAGCAGGCAGCACUGGCGGCGCUGAAGCGUAAACGGUUGCUAGAGACGCAGAUUGAGAAAAUAUCUGGGUCGCGAAUGACGCUCGAGACGCAGGUUAUGGCCAUUGAGGCGGCCAACGUCAACCUGGAAACGAUGAAGGCGAUGCAGAAGGGCGCAGAGGCCAUGAAGAACAUUCACAAGGACCUGGAUAUCGACAAGGUCGACCAGACUAUGGACGACAUUAGGGAUCAGAUGGACCUGGCCAACGAGGUAUCAGAGGCUAUUUCGCAGCCGCAGUUCUUUGGUGCCGAGCUCGACGAGGACGAGCUCAACGCCGAGCUGGAGGAGCUGGAGCAGGAGGAGCUCGACAAGAAGCUGCUCAAUGCCGAGCGGGCGCCCGUAUCUCUGCCCAAGAUCCCCUCAGGUGCGGUCAGACAACCGAGCAUCCCAGUCGAGGAGGACGAGGACGACGAGCUGGCAGAGCUGCGCGAGAGCAUGGGCAUGGCUGCGUAAAGGGGACGUCCAAAGAAGCACAACUUCUAAUAUAGUAUCUGCGGUGUUUAGAAAUCUGAAAAUUAGUACAACUGUCUUGUAGGU